AGCCGAACAAUGACUUAUGAUUGUCUUAUUGUCGGAGGGGGGGGGGCCGCAGGUCUUAGUGUUGCACUUGGUCUCGGUCAAGUUAACCGCUCUUGUGUCGUAUUCACUCAUCAAAAGCAUCGAAAUAAAGGUGCAAAACACAUCCAUGCGGUGCUAAGCCGAGAUCAUACCGAUCCACAUUCAUUCUACGACCUGCCUCGGAAGCAAAUUGGAAGGUGCCAGAACACCAAUUUCGUAGGGGCCGAAGUCGUCGAUGUUGCUCGAACAGCUGAGGCACUUUCGAGUUUCGUCGCCAUGGGCGCUGAAGGAAGAUGCUGGCAGGGCAGGAGCAUUGUCCUUGCAACAGGCGUGCAUGACCUUCAGCCCGAUCUUGAGGGUUAUGCGGAGAAUUGGCCCGCGAAUAUAUAUCAAUGCCUGUUUUGCGAUGGCUACGAACGCAGAGAGCUGCCAAAGGGGGUUCUUCUGUGCUAUCCCUCCUUCAACCCAAUGAUGGCAGAGAUGGCUACGAUGUUG